CAUUGUUCCGCCGGAAAAGAACUGAACAACCCAACUAGCUCCUCCUCCUCCUCCUUCCUUCCUUCCUUCCUUCUGUCUGCUCCUCAGCUUAGGGCACUUUUUGAGCAACCUGCUUUUUCCCUCAAAACCACCCAAUUCCUCUCUAUACCUGGGUUAUUUUCCCUCCCUUUCUUUCUGUUUCUCACCCACCAAACAACGAACCCUAGAACAUCCUUCUACCCUCUCCCACCUUUCUUCCUUUAAUUUUACUACUGUGCAUAUUUACGUGCUCAGAGAGAAUAAAGCAACUGUAAGUGUUAAUCAAACUCUAAGUUCGCUUCAAAAAAGCAUAAUUUCCCACGCUUUGGUUGUGUAUUUGAGGUCUCUUGUCUAUUGGACACGCAUAAGGGCACACACUUGGGAAGCAAGGAAGACCAUUUGGGAAAUUCAGGAGAGCAAGAAGGAGCUUAGUUCCUGAAAGUCAGGCACAAAAGAAGUUAAAAGGGUUGGCUCAGUUAAGUGAAUCAUCUACAAUUUUUUCUCCAUAGCUUAAAAAGAAAGCAGAAUGUCAGAUCGUAGUAGGCUCCCGAGCUCAAGUUUUUAGUAGAAGUUAGAUUUUAAUGUGCUAAACAUACUCAGAUCUUCUCUGCUGAGAAUGUCAGGAGCUGAGGCCGAGGCUCUGAGACCUACUCAGUCUUUGCCUUUGAAAGCAUUUCUGCAAACUGCAAAAAGCUUAAACGGAGGCCCCUGACUUGGACGGUGAUAUAUCGGAGCGCUAAAAAAAGUUCUCUUAUCUGUCUACAGAGUACUCUCUGAAUCAUCGUCAUCAAUGCAAAGGACAUAGCAACCCUACCCUGCGCUAGCUCUAAUCACACAUUCACUCUCUCUCUCCCCAUAUAAUUUCUGUGAAUAUUUCUCUCUCUACCUCUAUAGAAGUGUAGGGAACAGAAGGGAAAUAAGGUUCAAGCUCGAGCUUUUGUGUGGAAAAGGCAUGAUUGUGGUAUGGAGGAGGAUGCGAUUCAAGCACAAGCGUGUAAAUUCGCUAGAGUCGGAAAUGGCAGAAACGACUUCAACAGGAUAGGUUCUAGAGGGAGCGAGCAAUGGCCAGACGGCGAAGAAGACGGAGAGCUGUUGAGAAGAGGGGGAGUUGGCGACGUCAGCUCGAAUCGGUUCCAUAGCUGGCACCACCAUUCUUCAAGAAUCAUUAGGGUUUCUCGAGCAUCUGGAGGGAAAGACCGGCACAGCAAGGUCAUGACUUCAAAGGGUUUAAGAGACCGAAGGGUCAGGCUCUCGGUCACCACAGCAAUCCAGUUCUAUGAUCUUCAAGAUCGGCUUGGCUAUGACCAACCCAGUAAAGCUGUGGAGUGGCUGAUCAAAGCAGCUGGUGACGCCAUUUCUGAGCUUCCGUCUCUGAACAACACAUUCCCUGAUAGCCCAAAGCGGCCAAGCGAUGAGAAAAGAGGGGGUGUCGGAACAGUACAAGGGUUUGAUGCAGCUCAUGCUGAGGUAGGUGGUGAGGGUGAUUAUCAUCAGACUCAAAGUCAGAACCUUUCUUUGUCUAAGUCUGCCUGUAGCAGCACUUCCGAGACAAGCAAAGGCUCCGGCUUGUCCCUCUCAAGGUCUGAGAUUCGAGUAAACCGUGUGAAAGCCCGAGAGAGGGCAAGAGAGAGAGCAGCAAAAGAGAAGGAGAAAGAGAACACUGCCCAUCCCCACAAUAAUGUGAAUAACCCCAUUUCUCAAACUGCUUCUUUCACCGAGCUUCUCACGGGGGGGAUUACUAGUACGGUUCCUUCCACCACGAGUCCCACCGGUGAUGAUCAUCAUGAGACUAAUUUGUUCAACAAGGCAGCGAGACAGCAAUGGUGUACAACACCCAUGGACUACUUCAACUCAGGCCUUGUGGGGAAUCCCUCUAUUAGAACUCAUAAUCAAUCUUCAGGGUUUUCAGGACAAAUCCAAUUGGCAAACUCUUCCCUUCCCCUUCAGGCACUGUCUGUUUCUCCAUUCAGUGUGGGGGGCGAAAAUCACUCAGAUCAGCUGCAGCAUUUCUCAUUCAUGCCUACUGACCAUCUCAUACCUGGCGGAAGCAGUGACUACAACUUCAACUUCACCAUCUCUUCUUCUGCAGGCCUAGCUGGUUUCAACAGGGGGACCCUUCAGUCCAAUUCACCGUCUGUUUUGCCUCACCCUCUUCAGAGGUUUUCUACUCCUGUAGACGGAUCCAAUCUACCUUUCCUCAUAGGAGCUGCUGCUGCACAAACCAUGGAGAAUCACCACCACCACCAGUUCCCACCUGGAUUUGAUGGCCGUUUGCAGCUACGUUAUGGCGACGUAACCCGCCAUUCUGACCACAAGGGCAAAGGCAAGAACUGAUGUCUGCCGUCGACACACCACAUUGCCCUUGCUACAUCUUCCUGGACACCAAGGGAAAGAGUUCUAGUAGCAAGUUGUGUCUGUAAGCUUGGCCUUGGACACAUGGGAUGGUACGUUGUUUGUGAUCAAGUGUGGGUAUUUAACUUGGACCAAUUUGAAGUCAUUCAUUUUACAUUCGGUAUUUAAGUAUAUAUCGGUCUGAGCAUGCAGAUCAUUUUGUAUGUUGAUGGAAUGUUAAAAGAACAUGAUUGAACCUGUUUGCUCA